ACAUAUCCAAUUUCUGAGAGAGAGAGAGAGAGAGAGAGAGAGAGAGAGAGAGAGAGAGAGAGAGAGCAUUUGAAUGAGCAGUUACAAGCAAGUUGAAAUUCAAAUCGAAGAUCAAACGACCCCACAUAAUAAAUGGUGCCAUCCAUUGAAAGAAGAUGGAUUUGCAAACUUUAUUACGAGCAAAUUAUUAGACAAUCCGACGGUGGUGCACAAGAUCUUCGGUGCAGGAUCUUUCUUCAGCCCUCUCUUGUUCGGCAAAUUCUUCGAUCCUUCUGAUGCUUUCCCACUUUGGGAGUUCGAAUCCGAUUCAUUAAUAAUGCCACCCAAUCUCCAUAAUAGCUCCAGCCAUCGAAACAUCGAUUGGUCUCAAACGGAUAACGACUUUGUCUUGACAGCAGAAAUCCCUGGUAACACGGUUGAAGUUUGUAUCGAGAAUGGGAAGAUUAUGGAGAUAAGUGGGCAAUGGAGGCAAAAAAGGGAGUGGAAGAGCGGCCUUUGGUGGGAGUACGGCUAUGUUCGGAGGAUUGAGCUGCCGGAGCAAACCGAUUGGAGAAAAACGGAGGCGCGUGUCAAAAACGACCUAGUUUUGGAGAUCAAGAUUCCGAAAAACACUAGAGAGUGUACUGUUGAUGCACCUCCAAACUGAAACUAGCCAUAGCUUAUAGGAGAUAUAUAUAUAUAUAUUAAGAUCACAAAAGACUUUCGGUUUGUUUUGUACAAAUCGAAUGUCACAUAAAGGAAACAGAGUAUUUUUCUCAAGAUGUGUGUGUAUGUAUAAAUUGGUUGGUUGUAUGUACAUGAUUGAUUUUCAGUCUGUUUUGGUGGAUGCAUGUACUAUGAUAUAUUAUGAGGAAUUUAUUCACUGCAAGUUUUGAUGGUCA